AUGACUCUAGAACCACACUAUAGUGCCAAGUCGGCUGCUUCAGCCAGUGCCUUUGUUGCCCGUUCUGCGACCGAAAGCUCAACAGCAAGCACAAAAGCUGCUCCUAGGAAAAAGACGUACUCGCAGUCAAAUGGUAUUCCCAUAAGGAUUGAUAAUCUCCCUCCGGGCAAGACUUGGGCCCAGGUAAAAUAUUUGAUAGGCGGAAUCAUAUACCAUACCAAUAUUUUACAGGUGAAAAUGCUGCCUCCAAUGACUUCCAUGGUUCCUCCUUUUAUUACUUUUCAGAGUUGCAUUGUCAUUCUGAAGAACUCGAUAGAUAACGAGUCCCUGGAAAACUUACUACUUACUUUGAACACCUACCAAUGGGAUUAUCAUGAUCUGUUCGUUUACCUGUUGCCGUACACUAAUGAUUCUCCUUCACUGCGAUAUCCAGAAAUCAGUGAUAGCAACAAUGACGUCCGGAGUGCUCCCGAUGAAACUAAAAGAUCUAUUUCUCCUCGAUAUGCAAGCCAUGUUUCAUCUGUGACACCGCAGCCACCAUCCGCUUCUACCCCACCUUCUCAAUUUUUCAGUUUUUCUCCUGAAGUGAGCCUUCGAAAGAAUGAGAACAUAACGCCAUUGCCCACGCCUGUUCCCGUACCUGUUGGUGUGCCACCUCUUGCUCCCCCGCCUCAUGGUCCAUUUUCGACUUCGAUGCUACCUAUGUUGGGUGCUCCUCCGGGAACGGUACCUAAUAUGCAGAUGCCCUAUCAAACUACUCUACCUUCACCAACAGCUGCUGCUACUGCUGGUGGUCCACUUGCUUCCCCUACACACUAUCCCCGUCGUCGGCAUUUCUAUCACCAGAACCAAAGCCAGUUUCAAAAAUACAUGCAUAAUAGCCCCAGGAAUCCAGAUACUGGCACAGGCCCUCGUCUUUCUCAGCAGCAUCACCUCUCCUUAAGGAACAAUAAGAUAAAUCCCUCUUAUAACGAAAUAUCUGCCCUUUACAACUUGAACAUGGCCUCAAAUUCCAAUAAUAAUGGUAAUAUUCCCACUACAAGUACGAAUGGUGAUGACCGUGCCCUCCAAGCAAAGAAUGGUGGAACAAUUACACCUUCACAAACUCAAAUAAAUCACAAAAGAUUAAAGCAUAUCUUUAACGAGAAAAGCUUUAGAAAACAAAUGACGAAUAGAGGUAUGUGGCAGCUGAAGAUCAUAAAUUUCCCACCCUAUAUACCUAUAGAAUUCUUGGAGAAAUUAUCAGAGUCUGAUUUCAAUGAGUUAAUGAACCAAGAGAAGUUCACAGUUAUUGAAAUUAAAGAGAAAGGACAAUUGGAAAAAUUUGGAAGGCUAAGAUGGACAGUUCUAAAAGAUUUUAUAAAACUGAAAUGCCCCAAGCUAUUAAGACUACAGGAAAGACAGUUUCUACAGCAACAAAACGAAGCAUCUUUACUCAAUGAAUCUAUGGACGCUCUAAAGAUAUCAGAAAAUGAGAACACCAACGGGAGUGCAAAUAAUAGCACAUACACAAAUGGCGGACCUCGAACAUCUAUCAAUAAUACAAGGGAAUUCUAUGUAGGGGUUUAUGAAGAUCAUGAAGAAGCAACUCUACUGAGGUUUGAAUUACCGGAAGAUGAAUUAGAGGAGUUUAAUAGAAAUUUGCCAACUACUUUUGCACAAAGUGGAAACGUCUCUGACUCCGAAGGUGAUAGCAAGGCGAAAUACUUUAAAGUUAGCACAAUUGUGUAUAAUGCCAUUGUUGGGUUCCACGAUAAAGAGCUGUCUGAUUUGACGUUCGAAUCCUUACAAGACCAGGAAUAUUCACUGGGGUACAAAAUUCAUGUAAUGGAACUGCCACCAUUUGACGAGGAUGAAUUUGAAAAUCAACGGCAGCAGUUCUAA